ACCUGUCCCUGUGUCCGUUGAUGUUCCCACUGUAUUUCCCAGCGCCGCGAGCUUUCAAACCCCUGAGCGGUUUGACGGUUCGUCGGAUGCAUGUCAGGGGUUUUUGAUGCAAUGCACUGUAUACAUGACGUAUCACCCCUUUUGCAAACUGACUGCGAGAAAGUGCACUUUGUGAUCUCCUUGCUCUCGGGCAAAGCACGGCAAUGGGCUACCGCGUUGUGGGCCGUGGAGAGCCCUCUAUUGUUAUCAUACAGCCAAUUUUGUCACCAAAUUGCCGUGGUCUUUGAUCAUCCGGCAGCUGGCCGAGAUGUCGGCAGCCGCCUCAUGUUUUUAAAGCAGGCGUCGCGCACAGCCGCCGCCUACGCACUUGAUUUUUGCACCCUUGCCGCGGGUAGUGGGUGGAGCGACCCGGCUCUGUUGACUGUUUACCGCCUGGGGUUGAAUGACCGGCUCCAGAUGGAGUUAGAUUCCUGCCAGCUCUGCCCUCGGCACACCCUCUCUAGAAGCCAGGUGAGAACGUCCGUUUUCCUCAACAUUACCCAGAAGCAAGUCUGCCUUCCAGUAACGUUGACUUUUAAUGAUGUCUCUUUUUCUACUCCAGCCCUAGUUGAUUCCGUGGCAGCGGGAAACUUUUUAGAAGGUGGCUUGGUCCAGGAGCUGUCCAUCCCCCUCUGCCCGGUCGUGCCACCCCUCAGAGUCAACUCUCUGGAUGGGGCACCCCUCGGAUCGGGUCUCAUCACCCUCCGGACCAUGCCAUUGUCCCUCCAAGUGGGCCUUUUCCACACGGAGGACUUGGACAGGCUGACGGUAGAAUGGCCAGAAAUCAGAGGGCUGAGGAGUCACAGGGAAACGUAUGAAGACACAGAGGAUGAUUGCAACAGUCAUCUGACUGCUUUAACAUCAAGGCUCCAGAGCCAAAUUAAUCUACAGCUCUGUUUCAUCAAUAACAGUGAAAGUGAGGAGGAAGAGGAGGAAAUGGAGGCAAAGAAAGAGCAGUCCAGUAAGAAUGGUAGCAGGCAGAGGACAGAGAAGCAGCAAGGUUCAAGCUGUUCAUCAACUAAGAAAGACAAAUCAGGAGGGUUCAAGAAUGACGUCAGAGCUGCACUGAGUGUACUCAGACACAAGUUGAGACUUGAGCAAAAACAGACUGUACCUCCCAGUGAGGCUGUCAGAGAAAGGAAGCACUUCAAGCAAAGUGACUUGAAGAAUUUGAGCUUGAAGGAGUUGAAAGCAUUGAGGUCCUCACUAAGCAAAGACAUUCAUGACCUCAGUUCAGAGCUGGUGGGUCGACUUCUCACAAGGGACCAGUUGAGGACAGAGCAGGAUGCGCUGCUACUGGAGUGUUGGAACAGAGGUGUUUCUCAGGUGUCAGGUUUUAUUCAUACUGAGACUUUGUCUAAAAAAGGACUUUGUCUCUCAUAAUUCAGCCAUCUAUUAAACAGGUGCUAAACCAGACAAAGAGGAGGAGAAUAAGGGAAAAUCGAGCAAAUUCUGAAUUUGUUCACCGGAGUUUAGAGAAGAGGUGGUUUCAGAAGCAAAGAAUGGGAGGAUGAAACCGGGAUGCUCCCUAAACAUCCGAUUAAAAACUAGC